CCCGCAGUUGCUCACACCACACCAAAAAGCACUUGAUUUGACUGCUCUUUCGCGCUCAGAUUUAUCAGAAUGAUCGCCCGUUCCAUGCAGUUCACUGGCCGGAGGGCCUUUUCGACCACUCGGGUGAUGCAGGGCGGCCAUUACGCAGAGGGUCCUGGCAGCAACAUCCCAUUCAACCCGAAGACACGCUUUUUCUGGCUGCGAUAUUGGGGAUUCAUGACCACCGGUUUCCUCGCUCCCUUCGGCGUCGCUUACUGGCAACUGCACAAGAACAAACCAUAGAUUACCGAAUUUGAUACACCACGGAGGUUUCCCGUGUGCGCAAUAGCAAUUAUGAGAGGACUUGCUGGACACUGCCAAUGUACAUAACAUGAAUAGAUUUCGUGUUCCUUAUAAUCGGGCCAUUCGUAGUCGCCUUCUUAGAUUUAUAAAUUGCUUUUCUUUGAUACAAUAUCAUUGAACCAAGGACAGGCCGAUGAUAGGCUCUCUAAAUGCCACAAGACAUUUAGGCGCUGAAACAUAGGUCACUUAAGUUCACUGCCACGCGCACGACAGCACCACAAUCGCUUAUAUCACUCCUAGACCUUCCCUCAUGCAGAGCUAAUGUCGAUUUCCGAAGUCAUAUUUUCGGCAGACCCAUGUUUUGAAACAUUCGAUUCUGGAAUUUGGCAGGAUGCCGCUGCAACCGGGAUGCGCAUUGAACCAUCUCGCCCAGGAAUUCGGCAGCUGUGCUGUGUUGUCCACGCUGGCACUGAAAAUUUGGUCUAAGUUUAUCUGUCUUAUUUGGAUAUGCUUCUUCUAGAGCUCUUGACACCUCUAGUGUUGGGAGAAUUAAUUCCAAAGUCAAGAAUGAUGUAGUGUAGGAGCAAAGAUGAGUUUGAUCUUCGUCAUCACUACCUGCUAACGUCUCUGCUGUCUUAUCAUCUGGGUAGGCUGCUACAAAAUGGUUACGGCGGAGCCUGUCAUGUCAUGGGCUUUGGUGGAAUGAAUUCUCGCGUAAACUUGUCACAGCGCCCAAUAUAUGCAUCUUAGCAGAGGAAUUGAUGUCUCACUGCUUGUUUCCAUUUGAUUACUUCGG